UUCGACGUGAGAAGUAAGGAUCACAAGGAAAUGGGUGCUAAUGUGAGCAGAAGAAGCAACGACGAGGACUGGCCAUCGAUCCGUGGCCAGCAGCCGGACUUCAUUCAUCGAGAAGAGCGGGACAGGCUACACAAGCUCAAGGACUUGGGCGUCCUCAGAUCCACCGCCCUCUUCCUAUCGCAUGUCGACUUCGAGACCGACGUGCUGCGCCACCGCCUCACCCGCGCUCUGCACGACACGACACUCGCUGACGGGACGCGGCUGGACACGGUGCUGACGUUCGAUGAUGCGCAGCUGGAGGACCAGCUGCUGCUCCAGGUACACAUUUGAGAGGAGGAAAGAGGCGAGUUCAUUCAUGGGUCCAUUGACGUGUCGGUCCAUCUACCAGGCCAUGUACUUGGUUGAGGAUCAGAGUUGGGACGAGGUGGCCGACGCACUGCGGCUGGCGAGCCAGCUCAGCUACUGUGAGCUGCCCGUCAACAUCACACAGCAAGAUCUCGAGAAGCACCAUAGCAAAGAGGUGAGCAUGAUGGGUAGGUAAACGGCGAUGGGGUCGGUGAGGGCCGGCCUUCAUCUGUCCAUUUGUUCUGAUAUGUGUCAGACAUAUUUGGCUGACCCUCGUGUCGUGGCGUUGUGGAAGAUGGUCGGGCGGCACGUCAACUUUGGUGGCGAGUUGGGGCGUUUCGAGUUGUUCACUCACGGCAAUGGCGCGCUGCGGGCCAUCAAGGAGGAGGAGGACUUCACCGUCGAUCUGACUCCCCUUUCCCCACACCAUCAGUUCCAGCAACACGCCAACCCCCAGGACCCUCCCACCCGUCACCGCAUCUAUGUCGAUGGCAACGGCAACUGGGAGGCGGGGGCUCAUGGCCUAUUCACCGACGACUCGUUCUCGACGCUUCUCAUGGGAAUCAUUCUCGUGCCGACCUUUGGCGACAUGAGGAGGACCACUAAAGUCGUCUCCCGGUCAGUCAGUCAGUCAGUUAGUCGAGAUGGGGCUAUUCUGUUGUGUCAUGUACUCUCCGUGAUUGACCUAUGUGUGUGUGUGUGUGCGUGUCUGCAGCGAUGCUCGCGGCGGCGUGUUGGCGCAUCUGCUCAAUCAGCCGCCCAAUCAGGCGGCGGGAGGGACCACGUCCGUCCUGACGUACACCCACGACGACACACCCAUGAAGCUCCUGCUGGUGACGCCCUUCGACUGCCCAUUUAUCGCAUUCGUCAUCAUCACUGCAUUCGCCCCUCCAAAUGGUAUCACUGCAUUCGCCCCUCAAAAUGGUAUGUUCCACGAUUGUGGUUAGCCCAGACAGACAUACACACCUCUUUUCUCAUGUCAUGUGUCCCGUCUUGUCUGUCUGUAGUGCAAGUGUCGGUGUCUACGACCGAGACGCCUGCAGCGGGGGUGGCUGAGAAUGCGCCCUUCAAGCAACGCUUCCCCCGCACCACCGCCCUGGCGCGCCCCGUCCUAGGUCCCAUAGCGCCCAUCGUAUUCGACGGAGAAGACCCCAACCAGGAUGCUUGAUGGUGCCUUGCCUGGUCUUACAGAUGGCUGGUUGUCUGCGUGUCUGGUUGUGCGUCUGUCUGCCCCGAGGCUGCCUGUGUGUGUUGUUGAUACUUGGUUAGACGUGUGGAUGGGACUCCCUGCGUGCUUCGUGACGUCUAUGUACAUCUUUUGCUGCUGGACGAGAAAAUUCUUUUGUUGCGCCCUCAUGCAAUGCAAUGC